AUGUCCGACUUUGACGACGAAAUGGACGUCGACGGCCCCGCGCCGUCCAAGGACAUGACCUUUUCCGCCGAGGCCUCCAAAGGCAAACGGAGUGCCGCCAAUCUCCCCGUCGAGGCCGAGGACAGUCUGCCAUGGGUGGAAAAGUAUCGACCGACGACGCUCGACGACGUCUCCGGCCACCAGGACAUUCUCGCGACCAUCAACAAGUUCGUCGACUCGAACCGGCUUCCCCACCUGCUCCUCUACGGACCGCCGGGUACGGGCAAGACGUCGACGAUUCUGGCGCUCGCGCGGCGCAUCUACGGCGCCGCCAACGUCCGGCAGAUGGUGCUGGAGCUCAACGCCUCGGACGACCGCGGCAUCGACGUGGUGCGGGAGCAGAUCAAGACGUUCGCCAGCACCAAGCAGAUCUUCUCCAUGGGUGCUUCGGCAAAGGGGAAUUCGAUGGCCGGCUUCAAGCUCAUCAUCCUGGACGAGGCGGACGCCAUGACCAACACGGCGCAGAUGGCGCUCCGGCGGAUCAUGGAAAAGUACACGGUCAACACGAGAUUCUGCAUCAUCGCCAACUACGCGCACAAGCUGAGCCCCGCGCUGCUGUCCCGCUGCACGCGCUUCCGGUUCAGCCCGCUCAAGGAGGGCGACAUCAGGGUGCUGGUGGAGAAGGUGGUCGAGGAGGAGCACGUCAAGAUCGGCGGCGAGGCCGUCGACGCGCUGCUGAAGCUGAGCAAGGGGGACAUGCGAAGGGCGCUCAACGUGCUGCAGGCGUGCCACGCUUCGAGCACGCCGCUGCGGCCCAAGGGCGCGCCCUCGGUGGCGGAGAGCGAGAUUGUGCGGGAGACGAUCACGACGGAAACCAUCUACAACUGCAUCGCGGCGCCGCCGCCGGAUGCCGUGACGGACAUCAUGACGUGCCUCCUGAACACGUCGGACGUGCAGAGCUGCCUCAACACCGUCAACGCGCUGAAGACGACGCGGGGCCUGGCGCUGGCCGACAUCAUCACCGCGCUCUCCGAGGAGCUCUCGAAGCUCGACGUGCGGCCGGAGGUGAUGAUCUCGUGGCUCGACGGACUGGCGCAGAUCGAGCACCGCGUCUCGGGCGGCGGAAGCGAGGCCAUCCAGACAGGGGCCGUGGUGGGGGUUGUGCGAGGAGGCGUCGAGCUCAUGAGCCGAUAG